ACAGAAUGGGGACAUAAAUUGGAUAGUUUCCCUUUAUUCCCUUUUUAAAUUUGGUGAGCAUUUUUAGAAACGUGAAGUACUGUUCUGCCUCCUACUAAAAAUUCUGAGGGAAGGCUCAUUUUCCCUCUUAACUGAUACCUUCCAAGAGGGCUUGCAGUACUGGAGGCCUUAAAUUUUGAGGUUUUGGUUUUACUAAAUGAUCAUUAGUAGUAUCAAAUCUUGGAAUCAAAAAUUGGUCAAAUUGGUAGUAUGCCAUAUUUUUUAAAUUGAAAAUGAAACUGGUGGAAUUAAUUUUAAUAUUUCAUUCAAUAUUUGAAUUUAAUUCAAAUAUUUAAAAUGUUCAUGCAAUGUUAUUUCAACAUAUGAUCAAUAUAAAAAUUAUUGAGAUACCCUACAUCCUUUUUUUAAAAACUGAAUCUUUACUUUGUAUUUAGGGCACAUUUCAAAUUCAAACUAACCACAUUUCAAGUGCUCAGUAGCCACCUGUGGCUAGCAGCUAGUGGAAUGAACAGCACAGUUUUGGAUAGCCAUCAGGAGCUUUUAGAGGGAAGAGAUAAAGGGAUUAUUUCGAUCAUUGGAGAUGUUGGAGGGACCCUUGCUUCUGGCCAUGUGGCAAGCACUCUGCACCUGUGGAAGGCAGUCUUCUGCUUCCAGUAGGUCAAGUGGGGUCCAAGCCUGGGAAGCCUGUUGUUAGCAUCCCUCAGACACAUUUUUAACAGAUCUCAAAACAGCUGCUUUGAUCUCUGUGUGCCUGACUCCUUUGUGCUCUUUGGAUCUUUUGUUAAUCUCAGGUGGGGAAGAGAUGUUAUUUAUGAACCUUUAACAACCCAACCAGGAUAUGGAGGAGGAAGUAUCUAAGGUUGCCAGUUAGUGAAAGAUAAAAGAUACUUUGUGUCAUCAUUUCACCUUUUUCUGAGCAGGAUAUUAGAGUCCAUUUAUGAUGAUUCUGGAGGGAGGAGGAUAUUCUAUUAGAAUGAGCAAAGCAUGAGUGGGUGCUGGCGAUGGAUGUGCCCAGUAGAAGCCACUGAAGCUCCCCCACUGCUCCAAAAUUGUCAGCAUAAAACAGUGAGGAAAAUUACAGCCGUGAUGAUGAAGUUGGAGGACGUGGAAGUGAUUUGUUCCACCAUUUCCUUUCUGAUUCCUUGAUUUGUCUGGUCAAAAAGCUAGAUCCUGGAAGUUAACUAUCUCUGAUACUACAGAAAAGCUAAUGAAGUGGAGUCAACUGUAGCUAGUUCCAUACUUCACCUUGUUUCUGUAUUGGAAGGUAGCUGUAAGUUGCCCUUUGACUGUUAUGUAGCCACUGAUCUAGUUAACACAUUCUUUUCUAUACCCAUCCCCCAACAGCAGUAUAAAUUUAACUUCACCUACCAUGCUAGCAAUUUACUUUUACUGGCCUGCCGCUGAGAUAUUUUUUUGCAUACCAUAAUUUGAUAAAGCAAGAUUUAAAUAAAAUAAUGAAGUUAUUAAUUACACUAAUGACAGUAUCUGUUAAAAAGAGAAGGACAAAAAGCCAAUAAACAGUAUGUAAUUAAGUUAGUCACUGCUAUGGGCAACUGAGGCUCAGUCCCACCGGGACCUGGGGAGUCAUGUUGAAUGAACCUCAGAACUGUCUGCUCUUGAAGUGGGGAGCAUUUAUCUACUGCCUCCCAUCCCCCAUUGGUUAAGUGUUGCUGCAUGAACACCCGGGGUUUCUGUAGUCAUCCCCCAUGGCAUAGUCAGAGACUAAUUCCAGGGAGGAAAGUGACAAGAGUGGCGUACAACUGAAGCAAAGGUUUAUCUGAUUAUGUUUGUGCAAAAGUGAUUGCUGCAACAUGGUUGGGGUAAAAUUUGGGCCAAGAGAAUAUGAGGUAGUGCACCCAAGGUUUGGAACGAGGGUAGAGAGUGAGCUCAUUUGAAUAUACUGAGCUUGAGAUGCUUGUGAAAUAUCCAGAUAUAUGUGGGAAUGUUCUGUAGGCAAGACUGAAGCUGAAAAGAGUGAUCUCGGAUAUAUGGAUAUCUGAAACCAUAUGAGUGGUGGAAAAUAGCUUAUGAAAGUGUGCUGUAGGAAGAGACUAGGAUCUAGGAUAGGUCCUUGAAGAACACUGAGAUUUAACAGGCAUGAAGAGAGGAAGAGCCCAUAAAAGGAGCAUGAAUAGAAGGAAAUAGAGAGGUAAGAGAAACAGUGGUGAGAGCAGGGUCACAGGAAAUAGUUUCAAGAAAGAGAAUCGUGAAAAAGUAUUCAGUGUUGCCAAGUGAUCAAGAAAGACGAAGCGUUAGCCUUUUCAUGAAGAUGGCACCAAAGGCAAAGAAGGAAAACCCUGACCCACCCAAAGCAGAAGCCAAAGCAAAGGCUUUGAAGGCCAAGAAAGCGGUGCUGAAUAGGCGUCCACAGUCACAAAGAAAAAAGAUCCGCAUGUCACCUACAUUCCCACGGCCCAAGACACUGUGUCUCCGAAGGCAGCCCAAAUAUCCUCCAAAGAGUGCCCCCAGGAGAAACAAGGUUAACCACAAUGCCAUCAUCAAGUUCCCCCUGACUAUGGAGUCAGUCAUGAAAAUAGAAGACAACACACUUGUGUUCAUUAUGGAUGUCAAGGCCAACAAGCACCAGAUCAAACAGGCCGUGAAGAAGCUCUAUGACAUUGACGGGGCCAAGGUCAACACCCUGAUCAGGCCCAAUGGAGAGAAGAAGGCAUACGUUCAACUGGCUCCUGACUAUGAUGCUUUGGAUGUUGCCAACAAAAUUGGGACCUAAACUGAGUCCAGCUGGCUAAAUCUAAAUACAAAUUUUUUUCACCAUGGGUGGAGGGCGAGACAAAGCAUUAACACUUCCUCCCCUUUGUCAGUAACCUGGAGGGUGGCGCCAAAGCCAUAUUGGAAUGAAUUUGGUUAAGGAAUGAGUGGGGAGUGGAAGAUAGAAAUAGCAAAUAUCCUCAGUGCUGAGUAGUUUGGCUUUGAGAAGGAGAGGUCAAGGUUGGUAGUUGGAAGGGGAUGUAAGACUAAGUGAACACUUCUUUUAAAAUGUGAGAGAUGCGAACACGUAUCAGGAUGCCUUCAGGUACAGGGGACAGAAAAUUCUUCAUCAAUUUGCUUAAGCCUAAAGGGACUUUAUUAACUAAUAUAAUUAAUUGCAAA